UGAAAGUGGAUGCCAAGAUACGGGCUCACAUGAGCCUCCUGCGGCUUCGUCGGGAUGGUCUUCGCUCCAACCUCUCUCACAAACAACAACGCUUCAAAGGAAUUUCCGCUGCUGAUUUCGACAGCGCAACUCGACUCUAUUCUGAUCGCAAGAUGGCUCUAUUACCAAGAUGGUUACGUCUGGGGGUUCCGCGCCCUAGAGUACGUUGUUUCCCACCGCUCCUUACGCUCCCUUGAAAAAUCGCAAACUCUUCUUGAGCACAUCCUUAUCCAUGAGCAAUGAAUACUAAUGAAGCCCACAGACGUUCGUCCAUUUCAUGAGUCUGCGGACUGGAGUAGAACUUAUAUCACUGUCGAUGUUGUUCAACAAGCUUACCGGAUUCUUCGGGCUCCUUGCCAUUGUUACCGGUUUCCACAUAUCACCGCUUCAACUAUCGAUGUACCUGUACUCGGUCGCAGCGCUCGUUCUGCUUGCUUUCCUGGCACCGCAUAUUCGCAAGCAGAGUCCGUUCCAAUGUCUGGCGCUUGCAUGGCUAUACAUAUUCGAUACGGUCAUCAACGCGGCUUUUACUGCGGCCUUCGCCUUUACCUGGUUUCUCGCUGUCAGCGCUAACAAAUCCGGAUCCUCCAUACCUAGCAAUGCCCCAGGCAGCGGUACUAUCGAAGAUACUGCUGGUUUCACGAGUCCGAAACACAACACGACCGGUGUCGAAGUUGUUGCUGCCGCUGCAAAGGGGGUCGCCGCUGGACAAGAUGCCGUUGCCUAUACAUUGAGCGCAGCAGCCGCUAAUGGGGGAGAUCCUAGUGUGGUACACGGGGUUGGGGUUGAAGAGAGCAUACCGAGUCUCAUGCUCGUGUUAAUUUUUACCUUGAUCCGGGUUUACUUUAUCCUGAUCGUGAUGGCAUACGCACGACAAGUCCUCCGACAACACAUGUAUUCUGCCUCAUCGGCCAAGUUACAUCUACAGACUGAUAGCGGCAAUGAGUCUCCUGCCCACAAUCCGUUUGCUGUUGGGUCGCACGAGGGCGAGGGUUGGAAAGGGAAGGUUGGGAGAGUCAUGGUCAAAGUUGGGGAGAGCUACUGGCUUGGAGGGCAGGCUGAUGAUUCGUGGGUCAAGGGCGUGGACGGAAGAUUCAAGACUGCAAAAACAGCAGUCGCAGGACCGCCAGGUACUCUGGAAAGAGAAAGAAGGGCUAGAAGUGGAACUGGACCACCUGUACCCAAGUUGGCCAAGAACUUCGGAAAGGUUUGAAGGCUGAUUUAGAGGCUGGAUUAUGUCUAAAGUUGGAAUGAUUAUCCGAGGUUGGAUGUUGAUUAUCCCCGGAUUGUACGAGUAUGAGGCGGGUUCAAGCCAUAUGGGAACCAUACGGGCCUAGAUGGGCGUAUUGGGUAGGAUGAAGGGGGCAUUUCAGGUGUAUCCUAUAGCCAACUAGGUGCUGGGUUGAUACAGGAGUUGGUUGGG